GCGGGAUCUUACAGUGUCAACCUGAGCCUAGCUCCCGCCGGUGUGAUUCGGGUGCCAGCGCACAGGCCACUGCCCGGGGCUGUGCCACCGCCUCUACCAAGCGCUCUGCCCGCCAUGCCCUCCGUGCCCACGGUGUCCAGCCUGGGCGGCCUCAAUUUCCCCUGGAUGGAGAGCAGCCGCCGCUUUGUGAAAGACCGCUUCACAGCGGCCGCCGCGCUCACGCCCUUCACCGUGACCCGGCGCAUCGGCCACCCAUACCAGAAUCGGACGCCGCCCAAGCGUAAGAAGCCGCGCACGUCCUUUUCCCGGGUGCAGAUCUGCGAGCUGGAAAAGCGAUUCCACCGCCAGAAGUACCUGGCUUCCGCCGAGAGGGCGGCGCUCGCCAAGUCCCUCAAAAUGACGGACGCGCAGGUCAAGACCUGGUUCCAAAACCGGAGGACCAAGUGGCGGUGAGAGAGGCCCAGCCCGGUCCACCUUGCACCUGCCAGGGCCGCGGAGCGGCAGCAGGCGAGCCGGCUCAUGCUGCAGCUGCAACACGACGCCUUCCAAAAGAGCCUCAACGACUCCAUCCAGCCCGACCCUCUCUGUCUGCACAACUCGUCGCUUUUUGCUCUGCAGAAUCUGCAGCCCUGGGAAGAGGAUAGUUCUAAGGUUCCAGCCGUCACCUCGCUGGUGUGAGCCACCAGCGCGCACUGUCGCCAUGGAUCGCCGCCCCCACCUGGCGGGGCGUCCCGAACCCCCAGCGGGGCUGGGGGAGAACUGGGGCCGAGAGGGGAAGGGACCGCCAAGCUCUAGUAGGCCCUGGGGCGCGGCUGCACAAGGGCCGGCCA